CGCCUCCGCUGGGAUUACAAGCGUGAGCCACCGCGCCCGGCCCAAACAUCUUAAAAUAAUAAAUUUCAAGAUCCCUGCUCUGAAAAGAAAACUGAUUAUUCCAAGGCAUUGUGACUGUGAAAAGUACUAUUUUUACUCAUAUUUCCUUCACAAACAGAAAAUGAAUGAAAAUAAAGAUACUGAUUCAAAGAAAAGUGAAGAAUACGAAGAUGACUUUGAAAAGGACCUGGACUGGUUAAUUAAUGAAAAUGAAAAAAGUGAUGCCAGCAUAAUAGAGAUGGCUUGUGAGAAGGAAGAGAAUAUUAACCAAGACUUAAAAGAGAAUGAGACAGUAAUAGAGCACACCAAACAGCAUUCUGAUCCUGACAAAUCUUUGCAGGAUGAGGUCUCACCAAGAAGAAAUGACAUCAUUUCUGUACCAGGUAUUCAACCUUUGGAUCCCAUAUCAGAUUCAGAUAGUGAAAACUCUUUCCAGGAAUCCAAACUAGAAAGCCAGAAAGACUUGGAGGAGGAAGAGGAUGAGGAAGUAAGGAGAUAUAUUAUGGAGAAAAUUGUACAAGCUAACAAGCUGCUACAGAAUCAAGAACCCGUGAAUGAUAAAAGGGAGCGAAAACUUAAGUUCAAGGACAAGUUAGUUGAUUUGGAAGUUCCUCCACUAGAAGACACUACUACUUCUAAAAAUUAUUUUGAAAACGAAAGGAAUAUGUUUGGGAAACUGUCACAGUUAUGUAUUUCCAAUGAUUUUGGACAAGAAAAUGUGCUCCUGUCACUUACUAAUGGAAGCUGUGAAGAAAACAAGGAUAGGACAAUACUGGUAGAGAGAGAUGGAAAAUUUGAACUUCUGAAUUUACAAGACAUUGCUAGUCAGGGGUUUUUGCCUCCCAUUAAUAAUGCAAAUAGUACAGAAAAUGACCCUCAGCAGUUGUUACCCAGAUCUUCCAACUCCUCUGUCAGUGGCACCAAGAAAGAAGAUUCUGCAGCAAAGAUUCAUGCUGUCACUCACUCAUCAACAGGAGAGCCGCUGGCUCAUAUCCCUCAGCCACCACUCAACCGCAAGACUUGUCCAAGCUCUGCUGCCAACUCAGAUCGAUGUAAAGGGAAUGGGAAAUCUAAUCACAGGACACAGUCUACACAUAUCUCACCAGUGACUUCAACAUACUGUCUUUCCCCUCGACAGAAAGAACUACAAAAACAACUAGAACAAAAGAGAGAAAAACUGAAAAGAGAGGAAGAGCGACGAAAAAUAGAAGAAGAGAAAGAAAAAAAGAGAGAGAAUGACAUAGUAUUUAAAGCAUGGUUGCAAAAGAAAAGAGAGCAGGUCUUAGAAAUGAGGAGAAUUCAGCGAGCAAAGGAAAUUGAAGACAUGAACAGUAGACAGGAAAACAGAGAUCCACAACAAGCUUUUCAAUUAUGGCUUAAAAAAAAGCACCAAGAGCAGAUGAAAGAAAGACAGACAGAAGAACUAAGAAAGCAAGAGGAAUGUUUAUUCUUCCUUAAAGGAACAGAAGGCCGGGAAAGGGCCUUUAAACAAUGGUUAAGAAGGAAACGGAUAGAAAAAAUGGCAGAGCAACAAGCUGUCAGAGAGAGAACUAGACAGCUCCGACUAGAAGCUAAGCGUUCUAAACAGUUACAGCACCACCUAUAUAUGUCAGAAGCCAAACCUUUUCGUUUUACUGAUCAUUAUAACUGAACGUUUCUAUUAAAUAUUUCAGUGGGCAGCUGCUAUCAAAAUUUUGGAUAUAAUUUCUUAUGGUCUGUGUACUUUGGUUGUAUUCUAAAUUAUGGAAAUGGUAUUUAUCUUUUAUUGACAGUGAAUUUGUUUUUUUAAUACUAGAACAAAAUAAAUUUUUUUCUCACAGCAUUGUAA